UACAGGCAAAUCAAUCAAUCAAUGGCAAGCAGUAAUAACAAUAGUAAUAGUAGCAAGAGAGGAGGAGGAGACGAAGAGUUGAAAGAAAUGACAGAGAUAAGCAAAACCCUAAAAGAAGGGGAGAGAAUUGUGGCUCCUAGCCGACGACCCGACGGUACUCUUAGAAAACCCAUUCGGAUUCGGGCUGGCUAUGUCCCCCAAGACGAAGUCGCCAUCUACCAAUCCAAAGGUGCCCUGUGGAGAAAGGAAAUGCAAUCUCAGGAAGUGCCUCCUGGUUAUGAUCCUGACUCCCAUACAAAACCAAAAACUAAGGCCGUUAAAAGGAAUGAAAGAAAGAAGGAAAAGCGGCAUCAGCAGGCUGCACUUGAAAAGGGAAAAAACACAGAAGCAAUCGAAGAUGGAAACAUGGUAAAGGGGGCGCUUCCAGAUGAAGAUUUAGGCCAUGCAUCUAACUCUGUUAAAUCAUUGACAUCUCAGAUGAAUGAGCUAGCCGUUUCUUCAAAUCCCACUGUAGUUGCUCCUUCCUCGGACUUGGUAGAUGCUUCAAAUAUGGAGUCUCUGGUUCAAGAUAUUGAUAAGAGAAUUCGGGCUCUCAAAAAGAAGAUUCGACUAGCAGAGGCUCAGCAGCAGAAAACUCCAUCACAGGAUAUGAAUCCUGAGCAGUUGGAGAAGUUGGCAAAGUUAGAAGGCUGGCGCCAAGAGCUGAAGCUUUUGGAGGGUAAAAAGGCUGAAGAGGCAUCAUCAUGAUUGGGGUUUCGUUUUAGUGUGAGAGAACUGGGUAGUGCUUUUUCAUGAAGAUCCAAACGCUUGCAAUGUGCAACAAGAGUCACCAUUCCAGAAUUUGUCAACCAUGGCGCUUCAAUUUGCUGCAACCAUUUUGGUUUGGAAAUCAUAAUUCUUCUUUGUUGAUGAGGGACCAUUAUGCCAGAUAUAUGCAAACUGCAGCAGCCAUAUAUCCAUUAUUUUCGAAUCAGUUUCUGUGGUCACGGUUCAAGUGUGAUUUUUUACAGCAUACGUUCAAGGAAAUCAAACUCUUCUCUUGUGCCUGUAUGACAUGCCACCCUAGAGCGAGUUGUUAACCGUCUAGUCGAAUGUCGUUGGGACUUUUUUCUGGGAUAUUCUUGCUUGGUAUGAAUGUUAAUUCUUUUUAGAUAUUUACUAGUCAGUCUGUGCUAGCGGUCAGAAUUUCAAGUUAUUUUUGAACCGUCGAAGGAGGAGAAGAAGGUGGUGUU